AAUUCCUUUUCCAUAGAGUUAUUUGAUUAGGGUUUAUAUCUCUGUACGGCCAAAACCAGAAGCAGAUGAGAACGUUAACAUAAAUCCUGUAUUGUUGUGGAAUCCACAGACACUGAGAAACAGCAAGCGAGAGAGAGAGAGAGAGAGAGAGAGAGAGAGAGAGUGUGUGUGAAAAACUGAAAAGUGAAAAGCAUGUCGGGAUCGGAGAUGGGAAGCAGAGAAGGCUUCACCGUUGGGCUUCACAGCCAUAACAACAUGCGUUUGGACUUUUCUGAUGGCCCUGCUCUCUACAGCAACAGCAACAACAACCCUCUUGCGCCACCUUCUGCUUCUCCAACUUACCACCCUUCCACCGCAGUCACCGCUGCUCCUAUCAACAUCAAUGGCAGCGCGGUUGGCGGCAUCGAAUCGGUGGCGGCGCUGCCACAGGGCGGCCACAUCGGGAGUAGCUCUGAGCCGAAGAAGAAGAGAGGGAGGCCAAGGAAAUACGUACCGGAUGGUGGCGGCGUAGGGUUAGGGUUGAAUCCAGAUUCUUCUGCUCCUGGUAUGACCGUUAACCACAGCCAGAACCAGAAUCCGAAUCUGAAUUCGAGCUUGAACCAGAAUCAGUCCGGUGGCGGAGCUAUGUCGCCGGGAAUUGCUUCCGCCACACCUAAUUCUAAUUCCGGGAAGAAAAGGGGAAGGCCUCGUGGCUCUCUCAACAAGCAUCCUCACUUAAAGGGUCUUGGAUUGGCAAAACUUACUUUCACUCCGCAUGUUCUUACUGUGAAAUCUGGAGAGGAUCUGGGAGUAAAGGUUACGUCCAUCUCCAUGGAUGGUCCAAGAAAUAUUUGUAUCUUAACAGCAAAUGGAACCAUAUCUAAUGUAACACUUAGCCAACCUUCGAUACCUGGAGGAACUGUGACUUAUGAGGGACGAUUUGAGAUCCUGGCACUCUGUGGUUCUUUUCUUCUUUCUGAAAAUGGUCAGUUCCAAAGAACUGGUUCUUUAAGUCUGACCUUGUCUGGGCCUGAUGGUCGGGUUAUGGGUGGUGCAAUCGCAGGUGUUUGUGUAGCUGCUUCCCCAAUUCAGAUAGUUUUCGCAAGCUUCCUUGUAGAUGGUGGUUACAAGAAAAUGAAGUCAUCGAACCAGAAUCAGAACCAGAACCAGAACCAGAUGGGGACCUUAGCUUCCUCCCCUAAUGUUCUCCCGGCAGGUCAAAGCAGCUCGCCAUCGCAUGGCACUCUUAGUGAAUCUUCUGGUGGAGCCGGGAGCCCACUUAACCUGAGUACAGAUGUUUGCAAUAACAAUAACACCCCACAAGGAAUUUCUGGAAUGCCCUGGAAAUGAAACUCUGGUAGCUAGUUUGUGUAUUGGAUUUGGCAUGGGGUGGUCAGGCUCCACGCACUUGUUAUGUUCUUACUUAUCUGUCUGCUUGCUGCUUUAAGCAUCCACGAGACAAACAUGUAACAUUAGCUUUUCUGUAUUAUUAGUGCAAGAUUAAAAGAAAAAACAUUGUGUAGGUUAGUUUUCUGCUUUAGCCAUUCUGAAUAUGGGUGAUUUAAGUAGUUCAGGCUGAAUGGGAUGUGAUUUAGGAGUAUGUAGCAUUAGCAGAUGGCAGUGACUGGUCAUCUGUUUCUUGUUACUUUUACUUGAUGCUGGAAACCACCUCCUUGCAACCCAGUUGUUUAAUGGUAAUAAUUAUAUCUAGUUUAAACCAUUUUCCCUGGUUGA